CGGAUAUGGAAGAACGAGAUACGAGUAAAUAUAAUUUCAGUGUAUUUUAUUCAAGGUAUUUUAUUUACACGAGGUCCUCCUCGGACAUAACCACCAUUACUCUCAUCGCAUACCUCAGACGGCACACCGCACAUCAUCGUAAAGACGUCAAAGCAACAUCACAGACAUGGCUGUAGAUUCUAUCGAGGACCGUCCCAAGGACAUUCCCUCAGAAGGUUUAGUCUUGUUUGUGGUCAAAGCAACACAGACUUCCACGCACAACACUGUCAAGCCAUUGAUCCUCAUCGAAGAACUCAACAUCCCACACAGCUACUAUGUUGUACAGAGCGUCUCGGCUCCGUGGUUCAACAAGGUCAACCCUCACAAGAUGGUCCCUGCUCUGGAAGACUCGGCGCAUAGCAACCACCGGUUUUCCGUCUGGGAGUCCACUGCUACGCUGACGUAUCUUGCAGAUGCCUAUGACAGAAACGGAGACUUUGGUGGACGCACAGUCGCUGAACGCGCCGAGAUUGGUAACUGGUUGACGUUGCAUACCGCCGGGUUGGGCCCUACUGCCAAGUACUGGUUGUACUUUGAAAGACUAUUUGAGGAAAAGGUUCCCAAGACGGUUGCCAAACUUAAAAGCAACGUGGAGAAGCAAUACGAUAUCCUCGAAAACAGACUCGCCGAGCCUGGCCAGCAGUACCUCGCCCUCAAGGACCGUCCAACCAUUGCAGAUAUUGCAACAAUCCCAUUUGCAAAUGAAGAAUGCGCCGACCUGUUUGGCAUGGACCUUGGCAAGUGGCCUCACAUUGUCGAUUGGAGCCGUCGCAUGCUUGCUCGACCAGCAGUGCAGCGGGCUCGAGAACGUGUAGCCAAGAUGGGACAUGAAUAAAAAGGAAACAUCUGACGUCAAGUUGGCCGGGCAGAGACAAGUCUUGCCAUUUGUCUAGUACAAGACUUGAGGCUUAGAUAGGAAUGGAGUACACAGAUUUCUAGUCAAUUCAUGCCAUUGUCUUU